CACCACCUCCACACCCCCAUGUACUUCUUCCUCCUCAACCUCUCUGUUCUUGACCUGGGCUGCUUCUCCACCACUGUCCCCAAAGCCAUGGCCAGUUCCCUCUGGGACAACAGGACCAUCUCCUACACAGGAUGUGCUGCCCAGCUCUUCCUCUUGGUCUUUUUCAUCUCAGCAGAGUACUGUCUCCUCACCAUCAUGUCCUACGACCGCCACGUGGCUAUCUGCAAACCCCUGCACUAUGAGACUCUUCUGGGCAGCAGACCUUGUGACCACAUGGCAGCAGCUGCCUGGGGCAUUUGCUUCUUCUAUGCUCUCCUGCACACGGCCAAUACCACUGGCAUCUUUGCCAACCUGAAGCCCCCCUCCCUCUCUUCUCCAACCCUGGACCUGGUGGUGUCAGUUCUGUACUCGAUGGUGCCUCCAGCAGUGAAUCCCCUCAUCUACAGCCUGAGGAAUCAGGAUAUGAAGGAUGUCCUCAGGAAAUUGAUGAUGAAUCCCGUCUGGCCCCAGAGAUUUGUGGACAUCGACAUCAACAUCGACAGUCUUACCUCAGUGCCGGGAAAG